CCUGAGGUGCAGUGUGUGGCACAUUGGCAGAGUAAAAAUAUAAUGGCGGCGGCGAUUCGGGCGGUGGCGGCUGGAGCGAGGCUCAGCGUUCUGAAUUGCGGCCCCGGCACCACGAUCCGCAGCCUUUGCAGCCAGCCUGUUUCAGUUAAAGAGCGCAUCGACAACAAGCGCCAUGCUGCGUUGCAGGGAGGAGGCCAGCGCCGCAUCGACGCACAGCACAAGCGAGGAAAGCUAACAGCCAGGGAGCGGAUCAGUCUUCUGCUGGAUCCUGGCAGCUUCGUGGAGAGCGACAUGUUUGUGGAACACAGAUGUGCUGACUUCGGAAUGGCUGCUGAUAAGAAUAAGUUUCCCGGAGAUAGCGUGGUCACUGGACGGGGCCGAAUCAAUGGACGACUGGUUUAUGUCUUCAGUCAGGAUUUUACAGUUUUUGGAGGCAGUCUGUCAGGAGCACAUGCUCAAAAGAUCUGCAAAAUCAUGGACCAGGCCAUAACAGUGGGGGCUCCAGUGAUCGGGCUCAAUGACUCCGGGGGCGCCAGAAUCCAGGAGGGGGUGGAGUCUUUGGCUGGCUACGCAGACAUCUUCCUGAGGAAUGUCACAGCGUCCGGAGUCAUCCCACAGAUUUCUCUGAUCAUGGGCCCGUGUGCUGGUGGGGCCGUCUACUCUCCGGCCCUAACAGACUUCACAUUCAUGGUGAAGGACACGUCCUACCUGUUUAUCACUGGCCCUGAAGUUGUGAAGUCUGUUACCAAUGAGGAUGUCACUCAGGAGCAGCUGGGUGGCGCCAAGACCCACACCACUGUGUCAGGUGUGGCCCACAGAGCUUUCGACAAUGACGUCGAUGCUCUGUGUAACCUGCGUGAAUUCUUCAACUUCCUGCCUCUCAGCAGCCAGGACCCAGCUCCCAUCAGAGAGUGCCAUGACCCCAGUGACCGUCUAGUUCCUGAGCUGGACACAGUUGUCCCUUUGGAGUCAAGCAAAGCCUACAACAUGCUGGACAUCAUACACGCAGUGAUUGACGAGAGAGAGUUUUUUGAGAUAAUGCCCAGUUAUGCAAAAAACAUUGUCGUUGGCUUCGCAAGAAUGAAUGGGAGGACCGUCGGAAUUGUUGGCAACCAGCCCAAUGUAGCCUCAGGGUGCUUGGACAUUAAUUCAUCUGUGAAGGGGGCUCGUUUUGUCAGAUUCUGUGACGCAUUCAACAUUCCCCUCAUCACUUUUGUUGAUGUCCCUGGCUUCCUGCCUGGCACGGCGCAGGAGUAUGGGGGCAUCAUCAGGCAUGGUGCCAAGCUGCUCUACGCGUUCGCCGAGGCAACUGUGCCCAAAAUCACAGUCAUCACCAGGAAGGCCUAUGGAGGUGCCUAUGAUGUCAUGAGCUCCAAACACCUUCUUGGUGACACCAACUAUGCCUGGCCCACAGCUGAGAUAGCAGUCAUGGGAGCAAAGGGUGCUGUGGAGAUCAUCUUCAAAGGGCACCAAGAUGUGGAAGCCGCCCAGGCAGAGUACGUGGAGAAGUUCGCCAACCCUUUCCCUGCAGCCGUGAGAGGGUUUGUGGAUGACAUCAUCCAGCCAUCCUCUACUCGUGCUCGGAUAUGCUGUGACCUGGAAGUCCUGGCCAGUAAGAAGGUCCAUCGUCCCUGGAGGAAACAUGCCAAUAUCCCACUGUGAUCAGAUUGAAGGAACUAGAGCAACAGUUGGAAAGCUGGCCUUUUGCAGCCUACCCCUGCCUUUUACAAUCAUGAAAAAACGGAUCUACGUAUCUUGGACACUGAUUGAUUUGCAUAAAGAGUUCUUGUGCCUGGAGUAAAACUAUGUGCUCUAUUUAAAUCUUCACUGGUACUUUUUGAAGAAAUAUUUCAUUGUGAUAGUAAAAAUCUCAAUCUUAAACAAGAAAGCCAGAAGGAGGUGGGGGACAGAAUUGUAGUUGCCUGCCUCUGACUCUGACUCACACUGAUGUGGAUACGAUUCUUGUGGCCCUCAGAGGUCGACAUGUUGGAGCUUGGAUUCCCUGUGGGGUGGUGAGAGGAGAGAGAUAGUGGGAGGCGCUGUGGUCAGCUGGGCUGGGCUCUGUGCUAAAGAGGCUGAGUUCUUAGUCUUUCCUCAGCGGCUUGAUGGCUGUGUGAUGUCUCGAUAUUCCCCCACCCCACGCGGGCUCCACGGUGUGACACACCAGGAGGGUUGUCACCAGAGCUUCACUGGUGGUAGUGCCUUGCCAUUGGAUCUUAGAAUUAUGAGCUAACUAAAUCCUAAACCUCUUCAUAAAAUUAACCUGCCUUCAAGAUUUUGUUAUAGUAAUAAAAACAGAUUAAUUCAACAUA